GAUAUCCAAGAAAUCGCUGCUAAACCUUAAAUAUAUGUAUAUAUGUAGGCUUUAAAGUAAUUCAACAACCAUUUAUUUAUUUAGCAUGCGGGUUUAUCUCCCUCUGUGUAAAUACGGUAAUGUUUAAUGCAGCUUCUGGUGUCUGUGAGCUCGCUUUAAGCUGUUUAAAUUAGCUUUAAGAUGAGAUAAAUAUGUUUAAUGUGACAUAGCGGGUUUAAACCUUCACAUCCUGCAGAUAUGAGGUCUUUAAACUAUGUGCAGAGGGUCAGCUUGGAUUUCUCCGGAACUCUUUUUCCUCAUGCAAUCUGUCUGGGAGAUGCAGACAAUGACUCGUUGAAUGAGCUGGUUGUCGGGGACACCAGCGGAAAACUGCUUAUUUACAAGAAUGAUGACUCCAAACCCUGGAUCACCAGGACCUGUGUGGGCAUGCUCACCUGUGUUGCCGUUGGAGACGUUUGCAACAAAGGAAAGAACUUGGUGGUUGCUGUGGGAGCAGAAGGAUGGUUUCACCUCUUCGACUUGACAGCUGCCACAGCGAGCAAAUCAGAUUCAUCCAGUCAGCAUGAGUUCCUGUCGUCUGAAGACCAGAGGCCUUUCUUCACACAGCAUAUUCCCGCCAACACCAAAGUCAUCCUCAUCAGUGAUAUCGAUGGUGACGGCCGCUGUGAGCUGGUGGUCGGCUACACAGAUCGGGUGGUGCGAGCUUUUCGUUGGGAGGAGCCGUCUGAUGGGUCAGAUGUGGGAUCUGGACAGCUGGUCCUACUGAAGAAAUGGCUUCUGGAGGGACAGGUGGACAGUCUGUCAGUGAACCCGGGUCCGGAGGGAUUACCGGAGCUGAUGGUGUCGCAGCCAGGUUGUGGUUACGCCAUCCUGCUUUGUUCCUGGACACAACAAGACUCCUCUGGCUCCGGAGACGACGCUCCUGCCACCCCUGGGAGUGAAGGGCCUUCCAGAGAUGUAGUUCUCCAUCUGACCACCGGGCGGAUACACAACAAGAAUGUUUCAACUCACCUCAUUGGCAGCAUAAGCAAAGGCUCAAAAGAGGAAUCUUCUAAAUGUGGGCUGUUUGCUCUCUGUACUUUAGAUGGAACCUUGAAGUUGAUGGACAGCUCAGAGCAGCUGCUGUGGUCAGUGCAGGUGGAUCAUCAGCUGUUUGCUCUGCAGAAGCUCGACGUCACUGGUGACGGCAGAGAGGAGGUGGUGGCGUGCGCCUGGGACGGUCAAACCUACAUCAUCGACCACAACCGGACAGUCGUACGGUUCCAGUUUGACGAGAAUGUCAACGCCUUCUGUGCAGGUCAGUAUACGUGUAAGGAGGGAAAGAACAGCCCCUGCCUUGUUUACGUCAGCUUCAAUCACAAAAUCUACAUCUACUGGAAGGUUGAGCUGGAGCGCAUGGAGUCCACUAACAUGCUGCGGGUCCUGGAGGAGAAACCGGAGUUUAGGAGUCAUCUGAAGUCGCUGGGAGUCGAUGCUGAGGACCCAGUAGCUGUGAGAUCACUGGUGGCAAAUUUACUCUACAAGGACUCACAGUGACACACAUCAACACGUUACCCUCCCUGUUUUUCACCGUGACUGUAAAUACUCUGUUAAUAAACACUGAAUGUCUGUCUCCAGUA